AGCUCUCAUAGAGUUCACUCCAACAGCUCGAAAUAAUUCUUCUGGAUCCUGAAUACCACUUCGUCUUAGUAGCCGAUCUUCCCGGUCCUGUGUUGCUUCAGGACGUCCACUGCCUCUACGGCGAGCUUCCUGCCAAUCUCUAUAGAUCCGUCUUACUGACUUGAUCGCAACUAGUUCAGGUCGAUUUUUGGUCAAUAUGGUUGUGGUAUACUUGAUAGUGGCAACUUUUCUGAUUUUGUAUUGGUACUUUACGAGAAACUUUAAUCACUGGAAAAACAAAAAUGUACCAUUCCUAAAGCCUCUACCUUUUUUUGGAAAUGUUAUUGAUGGAAUAUUUAUGCGUCAAGCCUUUGGAGAAAUGUUUUCAACGUUAUAUCAGAAAAGCAAAGAACCUGUUCUUGGAUUUUUUAUUUUAGAUAAACCAUGCUUACUUCUACGAGAUCCUGAAGUAAUUAAGAGGAUUUUAAUUACAGAUUUUCAAUACUUUUUUGAUAGAAACGUUUUGAAUAACAAAAGAGAUGAUCCUAUCGGUACCCACAUGUUAUUUUUUCUGAAAAAUCCGGACUGGAAAGAAAUGAGAACUAAAAUCACUCCUGUGUUUACAUCAUCAAAAAUGAAAGCGAUGUCAAAUUUGAUAGAAAAUUCUUCCAAUGAAUUAACCAAUUAUUUAAGUACACAAGUCGAAAGAAAAUCUGUUAUUGAAAUGAAAGAAGUCUGUCUGAAAUUUACUGUAAAUGUAAUCACUUCUACUGCAUUUGGUGUCGACUCUAAUUCCUUCAAAGAUGAUUCUCGUUUCUGUGAAGAAGCCAAGAGAAUGAUUAACUGGGACGAUUUUAUGACCGCAUUUAGAAUAAGAUGUUACUUUCUAGCGCAUUCUGUGGUCAAAAUAUUUAGGCUAAAAUUAUUCAAUCCUAUUUCUAUAAAAUUUUUGGAAGAGAGUUUUUGGGAUAUUAUGAACUCUCGUACAAAUUCGAAAAGUCAUAGAAAUGAUUUAAUCGACAUUUUGCUUCAGCUGAAACGUGAUGAGAAAAAUUUCUUAGACGGAGACUUAUUAACAUCUCAGGCCGUUAUAUUCUUUGCCGCUGGAUUUGAAACAAGUAGUUCAACAAUGGGAUUUGCACUACACGAACUAGCAUGUCAGCCUGAGAUACAAACAAAAUUACGAAAAGAAAUUAUCGAAAUAUCGAAACAACAUGGCGGCAUAAAUUAUGAUUCUUUAAAGAAAAUGGAAUACUUGGAGAUGUGCGUGAAAGAAACUUUGAGAAAAUACCCUGUUUUGCCUGCACUGGAAAGAAAAAGUAACAGCCGUUACACCAUUCCUGAAACUGGUACUGUUAUUGAAAAAGAUACUCCUGUGUUUAUUUCGGUUAUGGGAUUACAAAAUGAUCCCAAAUAUUUUCCAAAUCCAGAAGUAUUUGAUCCGGAACGCUUUUCUUCCAACAAUAAGCACUUGGUGGAAAACUGUAGUUAUUUACCUUUUGGAGAGGGUCCUCGGAAUUGUAUUGGUGCAAGGUUUGGAAUGAUGUCAGUAAAAUUUGGACUGGCUAACAUAAUCAAAAAUUUUGUCGUCGAGGCUACUUCAGAAACCAAACAAAAAAUCAAACUAAAUCCCAAUGGCUUGGUACUGUCCCCUCAGAAUGGUAUUAGCUUAAAAGUGACAAGAGUUUGAUUUUAAUAAUUAAAAUAGUUUCACAAGUAGGUUUAUUUUUUGCUAUCGUGCUCCUGGUUAUCUUAACUGAUUGUAUUAUUGUUAAAUAUAAACAACAACUGUAUCUCUCUUUAA